UGAGGGUUCUUCUAGUUUCUUCCUACAAACAGGUUAAAAGUGGAUUUGUGGAUUUAUAAAAAGGGAUGUCACGUCGACUUAUUCCUAUGACCCUGGAAAGGAAGGAGGUGGGUUGUUACUCUGCACAGGGCUCUGUUGCAGGUGUUUAUUAUGCUCGGUAACAGCAUUCCAAGGUGGUUUUCCAAGGUGGUUUUCAGCUACUUCUGUUGGCCGAACUAUCCAGAGUGAUCCUGGUGCUGUCAAAGUGCUUCUGACUCCAUCUGAGAAUGAGCAUUUGGUCCUUUCAUAGAGAUUAGUGAAGAACCUUGCCCAGUGCUUUUUGGUUCAUAAACAAAUGAGAUUUCUUCACUUGGUGCUUCCUCUGAUAUCAGACUUAUUAUACACUUCCAUUAUAGUUGGAGGAAACAAUUGUCUCCGAAAUUUAUGCAAACGAUACCUUUAUUAGUUGGGUGCCCCCAACACUCUUCAAGCAGUCACAGACAGUCUGGAUGUUCUGUGGAAUUAGAUUUGUAUAGUUAUGUGGCAUAUUUUAGUUGGAAAUAAAAAAAUACAAGAGAAAAAUCCAGACCUAAAUUUAACCUCCAGACAGGGAAAGCUGGUUCUCAUGAACUGCAAGAAGUUAAAUUUGCCAGACAAAUGGGGCAUUCAAUACCAGGAGUAUACAAUACAAAAAAAGUACUAACUUUCCACAAUGUUGUUUGGGUCGCUGGAUAAAAAUAUUUAAUAGACAAACAAUGGAAAUUCUGGGCAUAUUGUUAAUAGCAUAUAUGAUUCCUUAGUACAGGUGGAGCUGAGAUAGGGCUGAGGAGGCUGGCCAGAGCAUGUGAUGGAAUGGUGCAUACUUCAUGGUCCCUAAUGACAUCAUUUCCGGUUUACACUGGAAGUGAUGGGGGUCUCAGCCUGGCCAAUUCUUUAAGAAUAAGUCCAAUUCAUAGCAAAAGUUAGCAAACCUGGCUCUGAGCCGCAAAAUCAUUUUCAUUUCAUUUUUUUUUCAUUUAUUAGAUUUUUUUGUCUGCUCUCCUCAUGGCAGGCUCAGAGCAGAGUAACAACCAGGUUAAAACACAUUAAAACAUACAUAAAACACAAAAUCACACAAUGAUAAAACUCAGUUCAUACACUUAAGAUUGUGGCCCCCAAAAUAUGCCCCACUCCAUUAACACUCAAGGGGCGGGAGUGGAGAGAGCAGCCAGUCUGAUGGAAAGCUUGCCCUCCCCCCCUCCCUCGGGACAGGAGGCUAGCGGGGAGACACCCUGCCACUGGACGCAAAUCCUGCUGUUCUUCUGCAGAUCAACACAGCUACCACCUAAAACUUUCUCCUAGAAGAGUUCGCACCCUUCCUAAGCCCUUGACUUCAGUGGGCUCGAAAGGGUAAAAGUGUCUUUUGUAACACACCGGGGUUGCCACUAAGAACACUUCCUUAACAACAAGGACUCACUGGGCUUUCUGGACAUACUCGAAUUGUCUGUAUGUAUGGGCUUAUCUCACACACAAACUGGUAGCCAGGUGGAGGCGCUGCCCCACGCCGCUGGGAAAUCUGGGUAGGGGCUUGAGGUGGUCCCCGCGCCGAUCCCUUUCUCCUCCCCGAACAGCGCACAAUACAAACCGGUGACCAGCAUCCCUCUGCACCGGGCCCGGAUUGUCCUGCUCUCAGUCCAAAGGGAGGCAGGUCCUGACAGCCACAUAAAGAAACAGCACUUAAAAAUACCAAUGAAGCGGGCCGAACGUGCUUUUGAAGCAGUCUUUGGCGGGCCGAGUGCAGGAAACCGCCCUUGUCCUUUUCGGUAUUUCGGAACGUCGGUCGAUUCUCCCUCUGGCCCGGCGUAGCCCGCCUUCGGAGCGCGCCGAUUGCAAAAGACGGGCUUGCGUCAGGCCCCCCGCGCCGCUGCCUGCCAGUAAAUACAAAGGAAGCCCAGUUUCUCUGGCCGCCCCGGCGCUUGCCUGGAGACUGUCUCGCCGCGGAAGCGCUCGGCCGCUGGACAGGCCCCUGCGGGACUGCUGUCAAUUGAAGGGCCGCGAGCUUUAGCCGGCGAAGCGCACGCGGGGCUUCCGACCCGGAGGGCGGAUCGGUGUCACAGCUUCGGCUCCCGCGGGAGGCGACCUUGAGCCGGGAGUGUGGCCUAUCGCUUCCUUUGGAACUGGCCAGAGAGCGGAGGAGCGGCACGCCGCCACCCCGAGAAUGGAAAGCGACAGAGCUCCUGGGCAGAUGCCUGUUGCCAACAAGGGUCACAGUUCAGCUUUCUGAUGGACAAAGAAGUUGAAACUGCUGAGGGCUGCUAGAGAGAUCCAGGCUCCCUCCAGCCAGACACAUUUUUCCUCUUGAAGAACUAGAAGACUUUGGAGAUGAGGAGCAGGAGCAACUCUGGAGUCCGUUUAGAUGGCUAUGCUCGGCUGGUUCAACAGACCAUUUUGAGUCACCAGAACCCAGUUACAGGGCUGCUGUCUGCCAGCACAGAGCAAAAGGAUGCCUGGGUCCGAGACAACAUUUACAGCAUUUUGGCUGUGUGGGGUCUGGGGAUGGCCUACAGGAAGAAUGCAGACCGGGAUGAAGAUAAAGCCAAAGCUUAUGAACUAGAGCAAAAUGUUGUGAAACUGAUGAGGGGACUUCUGCAAUGCAUGAUGAGACAGGUAGAUAAGGUUGAGAAGUUCAAGCACACACAAAGUACCAAGGAUUGCCUACAUGCCAAAUAUAACACCGCCACCUGUGGGACUGUAGUGGCCGAUAACGAGUGGGGGCAUCUGCAAGUAGAUGCAACUUCACUUUAUCUUCUCUUCCUGGCUCAGAUGACAGCCUCUGGACUGCGUAUUGUGUUCACACUCGAUGAAGUUGCAUUUAUACAGAAUCUUGUGUUUUACAUAGAGGCUGCAUACAAAGUUGCUGAUUAUGGCAUGUGGGAACGUGGCGAUAAAACCAACCAGGGCAUCCCUGAACUGAAUGCAAGUUCUGUUGGAAUGGCCAAAGCUGCCUUGGAAGCAAUUGAUGAAUUGGACCUUUUUGGAGCUGGAGGAGGACACAAGUCAGUAAUUCAUGUUCUUCCAGAUGAAGUUGAACAUUGUCAGUCUAUUCUAUACUCCAUGUUGCCGAGGGCAUCCACAUCAAAAGAAAUUGAUGCCGGCCUGUUGUCCAUUAUUUCUUAUCCUGCUUUUGCUGUGGAGGACAUGAAUGUUGUUAAUGCAACUAAAAAUGAAAUUAUCACCAAGCUCCAGGGACGAUAUGGCUGCUGCCGUUUUCUUCGAGAUGGAUAUAAAACACCAAGAGAGGAUCCAAACAGAUUACACUAUGAUCCUGCAGAACUCAAACUAUUUGAGAAUAUAGAAUGUGAGUGGCCUGUAUUCUGGACGUAUUUCCUAAUUGAUGGUGUGUUUAAUGGUGACAGAAUUCAGGUACAAGAGUACAGAGAAGCCUUGGAAGGGAUACUCAUAAGGAAAAAAAAUGGGAUUCUUCUGAUGCCAGAGCUGUAUGCAGUUCCUCCAGAUAAGGUGAAUGAAGAAUAUGAGAAUCCUCACACAGUGGACCGUGUCCCAGCUGGGAAGCUACCUCAUCUGUGGGGCCAAUCCUUAUAUAUCCUCAGUGCCCUCCUAGCAGAGGGUUUUCUGGCUACUGGAGAAAUUGAUCCUUUAAAUAGGAGGUUUUCAACUGCUUUUAAGCCUGAUGUUGUAGUUCAAGUAACUGUUCUAGCAGAAUCCAAUGAAAUUAAGAAACUGCUGGAACAUCAUGGAAUCAAUGUUCAGAGCAUCUCUGACAUUAAUCCCAUCAGGGUGCAGCCAGCACGGAUCCUGAGCCACCUGUAUGCCAAGCUUGGCCGCAAUAAACACAUGAAAUUGAGUGGAAGACCUUACCGACAUAUCGGUGUUUUAGGAACAUCCAAGCUUUAUGUUAUAAGAAAUCAAAUAUUUACUUUUACUCCUCAGUUUACAGAUCAGCAUCACUUCUAUUUAGCCUUAGACAAUCGGAUGGUUGUGGAGAUGCUCCGAACAGAGCUGGCUUAUCUCACCUCCUGCUGGAGGAUGAUCGGCAGACCAACACUUGCGUUCCCGAUUACCAACACAAUGCUCAUUGAUGAUGGUUCAGAUGUUGAUCCAGCUAUUCUUGCCACCAUAAGAAAACUUGGGGAUGGAUACUUUGGAGGAGCUAGGGUGAAGUUGGGUAAACUUUCAGACUUUCUUACCACUUCGUUCUACACAAACCUAAGCUUCCUAGAUCCAGAUUGUGAUGGGAAACUAUUUGAUGAUUUCAGUGAAGGCUAUUCUAGUCCUGAAAGUGGUUAUGAACUAGAAGAUUAUGCAGACACCUAUGACAAAGAAAUCCAAGAUGAACUGGACCAGUACAUACACAGUAUGUUGCAGAGCACGGCUCUUAAACCCUAUCUGCCUCCAAUCUCAAAAGCCUCCAGUUCACCCCAUGUGUUUAGUGCUGUUCAUUCCACCAGAGAAAUACUGUCAAUCAUGGCCAAGGCAAAGGGCCUGGAUAUUCCAAGUGUUUCUAUGUCUUUGCCUACAAAAGUUUUAAAUACACAUCGAAAAUCUCUGAACCUUGUUGACUCUCCACAUCCAGUGCAAGACAAACAGGAACCAGAAGCAGUUCUUCAUUUACCCAAAGAUGAUCAUGGUGAUUUGGACUGUGAGAAAUUAGUUGGGCAGCUCAAGGAAUGUCCCAGUUUACACGACCAGGCAGACAUACUGUACAUCUUAUACCUAAUAAAAGGCCUUGACUGGGAAACACAGCUCUAUGGCCAGUGUGGCGUCACCGUUCAUUGUCUUCUCAGUGAGCUCUAUAGCAAAGCAGGCCUGAACCAAGAAUGGGGCUUGAUCCGCUACAUCUCUGGCAUACUCAGAAAAAGGGUGGAAGUCUUGGCUGAGGCAUGCACAGACCUUCUAUCACACCAGAAGCAACUUACAGUCGGUCUGCCACCUGAGCCACGUGAAAAAACAAUCACAGCCCCUUUGCCACCUGAACAGCUCAUUCAACUUAUCUAUGAAGCCAGUGGAGAAGACAUCAGCAUUGCCGUUCUUACACAGGAAAUAAUGGUGUACUUGGCCAUGUAUGUCCGGUCACAGCCCAGUCUCUUUGCAGAGAUGCUCAGACUCCGCAUUGGUCUCAUCAUUCAAGUGAUGGCCACAGAACUGGCUCGCAGCUUGAAUUGUUCCGGUGAAGAAGCCUCUGAAAGUUUAAUGAAUCUAAGCCCCUUUGAUAUGAAGAAUCUCCUUCACCAUAUUCUCAGCGGGAAGGAAUUUGGAGUCGAAAGAAGCAUGCGUCCUCUUGAUUCCAGCAGUUCAAGUCCUGCAAUAUCUAUUCAUGAAGUGGGUCAUACAGGAGCAACCAAAACAGAGAGAAGUGGCAUUACGAGGCUGAAGAGCGAGAUGAAGCAGAGGCAUGGGAGACUGAGUAGUAGUGAACAGUUCUUCUAUGGGGGCCAUUCCACAUCCAGCAGCAUGCACUCUUCCAGGUCCAUGAGAGGCAGUAGUCCUUCUUCUCCUACUAGCACGUCUUCCCUGAUGGGGUCUGGCAGACACUGCAUCAGCUGGGGUGAUCGUCAAGGGCAAUGGCUUCGCAGGAGACGACUUGAUGGUGCCAUUAAUAGAGUCCCUGUUGGUUUCUAUCCAAAAGUGUGGAAGAUCCUCCAGAAGUGCCAUGGUCUGUCUAUUGAUGGCUAUGUCCUUCCUUCGUCAACUACAAGAGAGAUGACUGCUUGUGAGAUCAAGUUUGCUGUCCAUGUUGAGUCGGUGUUGAACCACGUACCCCAACCUGAAUACAGGCAGCUGCUGGUAGAAGCCAUCCUUGUGCUUACAGUGUUAUCCGAAAUAGAGGUGAACAGCAUUGGGGGUAUAAUUCAUGUGGAUCGGAUAGUGCACAUAGCAAAUGAUCUCUUUCUUCAGGAGCAGAAAGCUCUUGGAGCAACUGAUAGUUUCCUGGAACGAGACCUAGCCACCGGAAUCUGCUACUUUUUGUAUGACAGUGCCCCAAGUGGUGCUUAUGGGACAAUGACAUAUCUCACAAAAGCAGUAGCAACCUACCUACAAGAGUUUCUACCGAGCACAGGAUGCCUAAUGCAAUAAACUGUCUAAAAUACAAACGUUAAUUUUUAAAAAUCAAAUUGUUUUCUUCUGGUUCUAGAAUCUGCCUCCUUAAAUGAACUGUGACAACGGCACUUUGUCUCAACACUGUGCACCUAUAGACCACUGUCCUUUCAGAGAGGACACUGGUCUAUAGGUGAUAUUUUCAUUAUUAUGGACAAAACGCAGUUCAAGUAAAUAUAAUCUAGAUCUGCUCUGACUCAGACACAUGAAAUUAAAUAUUGUGUAUCAGUACCAAAAAAAAAAGUAUAUCUUUGGAAAUUUAUCAAUGCAAUAUAGGAAAACGUCUCUGUAGUGAAAAAACAAACGUUACUUAUAUUCCAAAUUCACAUCACUGUUUUAACUUAAGCUUAGCAUUAUAGUAUCCUAUAAUAUCAAGAAUUAUUGUGAAAAUCAAACUGAGGAUUAUUCUUUUUUCACACCAACGUUGAGAUUGGAACACCAGUAAAAGCAAAUGGAAUAGCUGA